AUGCGUUUUUCCUUUAUAAAUGCAGCAAAAUUAAGAGAAGAUCGAAGACCUUUAUACCGACGAAUUUUUACAAAUAGGCGCUUGGAUAUUUUACAUAAAGUUACCGUUCGAUCAAUCUUCGGCCUUUUAUUAUUUUCUGCGUCCUACGUUGUCGUAAAAUCAUAUCUUUACGUAAAAUAUAUUCGGCCGAUUAAUCAGAAUGAACGUGAACUACUAGAGUUGGAGCUAAUCGAAGCAGAUCGAGCGGGUUUUUCUGUUAGAUAA